AAUACGAAUGUGUUCGUAGUCAAAUUACUGAAUUAAUUAAUAGAACCAUUUGGUUGGUCUGAUAGGACUGUUCUGAAACCCAAUUUGGUACAAACUGUAUUAAAAUAGCAGUCAACAUAGAAAGGUUUUACGAAAGCAAUUUGAUCCAAAUUGAAAGAGCGAUGGAAAUGCCCAAUCAUCGUCCUCUAUCAAUUACCAUUGAACAUUGAGCUUUGGCACCUAACAUUCCUAAUUUGAUACCUUCGGAACAUGAUCUACGACACCAGCAGUCAAUUACUCCUGUAACAAUCAAUCUGAAUCCAAAGUCCAAAAGAUUUGAGCUGGCGUUGCAGCCACAAGCAGGUCAUCACCCUCCAUGAUCUUAGAUCACACUGUAAUCUAAUAGCACUUGCAGGCCAUCAUCUUCUUGUACUAGUAGCAGUAGCAUUAAGAAAGCAAGCUAAGGAGACCAAAGAGAGCCUUUUGAGAGAGAGAGAGAUCACCGUCGGCGUCGUCAUCCAUGGUUGCAGUCUUCAACAAAGAGUUGCUGGGUUGGUAUCUGGUGACCCUCAAGCUCAACGAGACUGUGCAGGCCAACCUUCCCAGAUCGCAGCCCAGCACCCCCGGCACGCCGUCCAGGCCUCCGCCGCUUCUCCUCACACGGGGUGAGCCCAUCCAGGAGGAGGAUGAGGCCGCCACCGCGGACGCCGCUCCGCUGGAAUCGGAGUGGGUGAUCUCCAUCCGGGAGAAGCUGAAGCAGGCCUGGAACGACGAGGCGGGCGUGCCGUGGAUGAGGUACUCCAUCUACCGCGUGCCCAAGUCGCUGCGCGAGGGGGACGAGAAGGCGUACAUGCCCCAGGUGGUGUCCAUCGGCCCCUACCACCACGGCAAGCGCCGCCUGCGCGACAUGGAGCGACACAAGUGGCGCGCCCUCCACCGAAUGCUCCGCCGCACCGGCGGUGACGUCCGGGUGUACCUCGACGCCGUGGGCGCCCUCGAGGAGCGCGCCCGCGCCUGCUACGAGGGCCCCGUCGCCUUCAACGACAACGAGUUCGUGGAGAUGAUGGUCCUCGAUGGCACCUUCGUCCUCGAGCUCUUCCGGGGGGUGGGCGCCGCCGGGAAGGGGUUCAAGGAGCUGGGCUACGCCCGCAACGAUCCCGUGUUCGCCAUGCGCGGCACGAUGCACGGCAUCCAGCGCGACAUGAUCAUGCUCGAGAACCAGAUCCCCCUCUUCGUCCUCGAUCGCCUCCUCGGUCUCCAGAUCGGCCAGCCGGAGCAGCACGGCCUCGUCGCCCGCCUAGCCAUCUGCUUCUUCGACCCCCUCAUGCCCACCGACGAGCCCCUCCGCAAGAACCACCGCGCCAUGUCCGAGUCUUCCUCCACCACGCGCGCCGACGCCUUCGACCCGCUCACCGAGACCGGCCUCCACUGCCUCGACGUGUUCCGGCGCAGCCUCCUCCGCAUCGGCCCCAAGCCCACGCCCGGCCUCUGGAUCAAGCGCUGGUCGAACGCUCGCCGCGUGGCCGACCGCCGGCGGCUGCAGCUGAUCCACUGCGUCACGGAGCUGCGGGAGGCCGGCAUCAAGUUCCGCCACCGCAGGACGGACCGUUUCUGGGACAUCGAGUUCAAGGACGGGGUGCUCAAGAUCCCCCGCUUGCUGAUCCACGACGGCACCAAGUCUCUCUUCCUCAACCUCAUCGCCUUCGAGCAGUGCCACUCCGACUGCACCAAGGACAUCACCUCCUACGUCAUCUUCAUGGACAACCUGAUCAACUCGGAGGAGGACGUCAGCUACCUCCACUACCGCGGCAUCAUCGAGCACUGGCUGGGAAACGACGGCGAGGUCGCCGACCUCUUCAACAAGCUCUGCCUGGAAGUGGUCUUCGACUUCGACGACAGCUACUUGUCGGGAUUGUCGGAGAGGGUGAACAAGUACUACAACCACCGGUGGAACACCUGGGGGGCAAGCUUGAAGCACAGGUACUUCGGCAAUCCCUGGGCUAUCAUCUCCUUGGUCGCCGCCGUCGUCCUGCUGGUGUUGACCUGUGCGCAGACCUUCUACUCUGUCUACGCCUAUUACUGGCCGCCUCAAUGAGGCCGCAGCAGAGUCGCAGAUCGACUCAAUUUGCAGCAGUCAUUCCCAUCAUCUUUCUCGGUUCGCAAGUGAUCGUUUUUACUGUGUUAAGAUUGUCGAGUGAAGGAGAAGGAACUAUAGCACAUCUUUUUUUAUGUAUCUCAUUCCUGAGAACAUGGCAUUACUCUGUUC